UGCGCUCCCGCCGAGGGCCGGGCGCCCGAGCGAUGCUGCGCCGCCCCGCGCCCGCGCCGGCCCCGGCCGCCUGGCUGCUGCUGGCCGCGCUGCUGUGCGACUGCGGCGUCUGGGCCGCGCGAGCUAACAAGCACAAGCCCUGGCUCGAGCCCACCUAUCACGGCAUAGUGACAGAAAACGACAACGCGGUGCUCCUCGACCCCCCGCUGAUCGCCCUGGACAAGGACGCCCCUCUGCGCUUCGCAGAGAGUUUUGAGGUGACAGUCACCAAAGAAGGUGAGAUUUGUGGAUUUAAAAUUCACGGGCAGAAUGUGCCCUUUGACGCAGUGGUGGUGGAUAAGUCCACGGGCGAGGGACUGAUUCGCUCAAAAGAGAAACUAGACUGUGAGCUGCAGAAAGACUACACGUUCACCAUCCAGGCCUACGACUGCGGGAGGGGGCCCGAUGGCAGCGCCAACGCCAAGAAGUCUCACAAAGCAACGGUCCACAUUCAGGUGAACGAUGUGAACGAAUACGCACCUGUGUUCAAGGAGAAGUCCUACCAGGCGUCAGUCGUGGAGGGGAGGCGCUACGAGAGCAUCCUGAGGGUGGAGGCUGUGGAUGCCGACUGCUCCCCUCAGUUCAGCCAGAUUUGCAGCUACGAAAUCGUCACUCCAGACGUGCCAUUCACGGUCGACAAAGAUGGUCACAUAAAGAACACAGAGAAGCUGAAGUACGGGAAGGAGCACCAGUACAAGCUGACGGUCACAGCCUACGACUGCGGGAAGAAAAGGGCCAGCGAGGACGUGUUGGUAAAGAUCAGCAUCAAGCCCACCUGCACCCCCGGGUGGCAAGGAUGGGACAGCAGGGUUGAGUAUGAGCCUGGCACGGGCGCCCUGGCUCUCUUCCCAAACGCCCACCUGGAGACGUGUGACGAAUCGGUGGCCUCGGUGCAGGUGACAGUGGAACUGGAGACCAGCCACAUAGGAAAAGGCUGUGACCGCGACACCUACUCUGAGAAGUCCCUUCACCGGCUCUGUGGGGCUGCGUCCGGCACUGCCGAGCUGCUCCCUUCCCCGAGCGGCUCCCUGAACUGGACCGUGGGCCUCCCCACGGACAACGGCCACGACAGCGACCAGGUCUUCGAGUUCAACGGCACUCAGGCAGUCCGCAUCCCGGAUGGCGUCGUCUCCGUCAACCCCAAAGAGCCCUUCACGGUGUCCGUGUGGAUGAGGCACGGGCCUUUCGGCCGCAGGAAGGAGACGAUUCUCUGCAGCUCCGACAAAACAGAUAUGAACCGGCACCAUUAUUCCCUCUUUGUCCACGGCUGCCGGUUUAUUUUCCUUCUCCGUCAGGAUCCUUCAGGAGAGAAGAAGUACAAACCUGCAGAAUUCCACUGGAAGCUCACUCAGGUCUGCGAUGAGGAAUGGCAUCACUACGUCCUCAACGUGGAAAUCCCGCGGGUCACGCUCUAUGUGGACGGAGUUUCCCACGAGCCCUUCUCGGUGACUGAGGAGUACCCACUUCACCCGUCCAGGAUCGAGACUCAGCUCGUGGUUGGGGCUUGCUGGCAAGAGUACUCAGGAGUUGAAAGUGACAAUGAAACCGAGCCCGUGCCUGUGGCCCCGGCAGGUUGCUGGACUUUCCCCUCUGGUGGUGACCUACAUAUGACCCAGUUUUUCCGAGGUGACCUGGCUGGCCUGACCAUCCGGUCUGGGAAGCUCACAGACAAGAAGGUGAUUGACUGUCUGUACACCUGCAAAGAGGGGCUAGACCUGCAAGUCCCCGAAGACGGCGGCAGAGGCGUGAAGGUCCAAGCCAACCCCGGCCGGUCGGUGCUGACGGUGGAGGCGGAGGACGUGGGGGAGCUGGAGAAGGCCCUGCAGCAUGUGACCUACCUCAACUCGCGGCAGUUCCCCACCCCCGGCGUCCGGAGGCUCCGGCUCACCAGCACGGCCAGGUGUUUUAAUGAGGCCGCCUGCGCCUUGGUCCCUCCGGUCGACGGCUCAGUGAUGGUUUUGCAGCCGGAGGAGCCCAAGAUCAGCCUGAGUGGCGUCCACCAUUUUGCUCGAGCAGCUUCUGAAUUUGAAAGCUCAGAGGGGGUUUUCCUUUUCCCUGAGCUUCGGAUCAUCAGCACCGUCACCAGAGAAGUGGAGCCCAACGGGGAAGGGGACGAGGACCCCACAGUGGCAGGUCUUCCUAACCGGACUGCUUCUGCAGUCCAAGAGUCCCUGGUGUCUGAGGAGAUCGUGCACGACCUGGACACGUGUGAGGUGACCGUGGAGGGCGAGGAGCUGAACCCCGAGCAGGAGAGCCUGGAGGUGGACAUGGCCCGCCUGCAGCAUAAGGGCAUAGAAGUGAGCCGCUCCGACCUGGGCGUGGUCUUCACAGGCGUGGACACCAUGGCCAGCUACGAGGAGGCGCUGCACCUCCUGCGCUAUCGGAACUGGAACUCCAGGUCCUUGCUCGACCGGAAGUUCAAGCUCGUCUGCUCCGAGCUCAAUGGCCGCUACAUUAGCAAUGAGUUUCAGGUGGAGGUGAACGUGAUCCACACGGCCAGCCCCAUGGAGCACGCCAGCCACAUGGCCGCCCAGCCGCAGUUCGUCCACCCUGAGCAUCGCUCCUUCGUCGAUCUCUCGGGUCACAACCUGGCCAACCCCCAUCCGUUCGCAGUGGUCCCCAGCACGGCCACCGUGGUGAUCGUGGUGUGCGUCAGCUUCCUCGUGUUCAUGAUCAUCCUGGGCGUGUUCCGGAUCCGGGCUGCACACCAGCGCACCAUGCGGGACCAGGACACCGGCAAGGAGAGCGAGAUGGACUGGGACGACUCCGCCCUGACCAUCACCGUGAACCCCAUGGAGACGUACGAGGACCAGCACAGUGAGGAGGAGGAGGAGGAGGAAGAGGAAGAGGAGAGUGAGGAUGGCGAGGAGGAGGACGACGUCACCAGCGCCGAGUCGGAGAGCAGCGAGGAGGAGGAGGAAGGGGGGGAGCACGGGGACCAGCAGCCGGCGAACAGGCAGCAGCAGCUGGAGUGGGACGACUCCACCCUCAGCUACUGAGCGCGCCCUCCUCCCGCCUCCCCGAAGUCUGCUGUCGGCUGCGCCCUGCCCAGGCCCACCGUGUACAGUCGUCCGGCCAGCAGGUCUGCAGACCCUCCCCUCGCGACCGUCACCCCCGCUUGGUGUGCAGGACCCAGGCUCCCUCCCUGCCCUCUGCCUGGACCUCUGCUGUGUGAGGAGCUGACACCCACUCCCUCCUGUCAUCUCGCUCCGCGUGGCCCCUCGCGCCUCCAGAAACGCUAAACCUGGACUCGGUGACAAAGGGUUAAAACUGCUCACUCCCACUGGGUCAUCCUUUUGUUCUUUUUUUUUUAAUUUUUUCCAAACUAGUGCAUGUACAAAAUGGCCGAAUGGGGGUUCAUAUGUAGAUGAACUUUUUAAUAUUUUGUAAAUAAAUUGGGAUUCCUCGUGUC